UAUAGUUUUUCAUGUGAUGUGUGAGAAUUAGAAGAGAAUUGGCAGUACGUUUCGUUCUUCAUUUUCAUAUAUUGAUUCUUCUAUAUGAACGGCUCCGAAGGGUAGUGAUGACCUCGUAUACAUUUUCAAAGAAGUCAUUCAAGCCCACACCACCGGAGAAGGGCAGCUUUCCUCUUGAUCAUGAGGGUCUUUGCAAAGUGGUCAUGCUCAAGUAUAUGCGUUGCUUGUACGAAAAUAAAAACGAAAAUACGGUGUGCAGAAACAUGGCAAAGGAUUAUCUUGCUUGCCGUAUGGACAAUCAAUUGAUGGUACAGGAAGAUUGGUCCACUAUUGGUUACGCUGACCAGGUCAAGGAGACAUAACAACAGCGAUUUAUUAUUAAUCGAUUCUCUUGUCGAAGUUUUGAUCGAUUAACCAGCAUUUAUGAACUUUUGCCCAGCCAUUUUUAUUUCAUCUGGAAAAACGAAUCUACAGGUUUUAGACAGGCAACGGCCUAA